GGUGUUUAAAGGCCGGGCAAGGGAAGGGGAAUGAGAUCACUAAAUUUCUAAAGAAUGGGAGACUACCGAUGGAUGAUAAUACGCCCUUUUCACAAGAAUCAUGGGAAGAAGACCUCCUCCAAUUUUUAACACUUAAUCGACUCCCACUUCACCUUAUUGAGCAUCCCUCGCUCCGGCCAAUUGCUGCCCUUGCACGGGAUACACUUUCCUUCCCGGCAACAGGUGCAGGUGUUGAACGACUCUUUAAUACUGCUCGGGAUAUCUGUCAUUAUCGUCGAGGGAGACAAAAGAAGCAGACAAUUGAAGAGCUAAUGAUGUUUCUUUGUACUUCAAGGUUUGAUAUUGAAGAGAAGGAGGCGAAGUAUCUAGAGAAAUUCUUCUCUCAUAUCGAGAUAGAAACAGCGAAGGAAGAGAAAGAUGAUAAGCUUGAGGAGGUGGAAUUUGACUUGAUUAGUGAUACUGAGGAGGCAGACGAGGAGACAAGUGAUCAUGUACAGCUAGAUGAGGUAGAUGAGCCCCAGCUUCCGGCACCUGAGAAUAGUACCCAGGUACGGGCAUCAGGACGGAAACGUAAGGCUCGAGAGGAUGAGGUCUUUGAGUAUUACUCAAAAUGA